AAUUUAACAGUUACUUUAGCUUGUUACUUAUAUAUCCGACGAUUCUAUCCUGGAAAGAAUAUUUUUACUUGUUGUGAAAAUAAUUCAGUUUUGAACAUAGGAAUAAAAUAAAUGUUGUGAUGCAAAUUUUUUACAAUUUCUUUUAAUAAUUUCAAUCGGCUGUGUAUUAUUGUAGCUGCAAUCGAACUGAAUUAAUAUUCGUAGGCGUUAACUCGACUGAGAUCUAAAAAAUUUGUUAAAAUUAACAUUCAGAAAUUGAAUUGCUUCUAGACUUUAAUUUGAAUCUCCCGCGUUAGUCGCUCGAAGAGCAGUUUAAAGAUCAACCGUACACCUCGGUGUAGGUUAUUGAAAAGCAUAUAAAUUUAUAAAAAUGAGGAUUCUAAGGACUCCACUAUUUGAUGCUGACCUCAAACGAAUUUGGGGCGCGAGCUUACGAGACAAAAUAGCGCACUUCUGGCGCAAAGGAUGGAAUGAGAUACCAGAAAUAAUGUUCACUACUCCCAUCGCUCUAGCCAGCAUUGUCGCUGUACUUUAUUUAAGAUUUACUACUACUGUGUAUGACCGGCCACCAAAAUUUUACCGUAAAAUUACAAUUUACAGACCUGAUGAUCCCAGAGUCGCUAACAUCAGGAAAGACAAUGGUUACAGCAUAGAACCUUAUGCAGGUGUCCGUUAGGUCUUGGGUAGGUAAGAACAAAUGUAACUGGAGAAGAAGAACUUAUAUAUUUCACAUCUGUGCGCAUACCCAAUGCGAGCAAGAGGAAGUAGUCGUAAUAACCCAAUAUGUAUAUAUUAAAU